AGUGUGAUUAACUAAUAAUUUAGUAGGAUUAUCGGUGUGUGAAUGUGAGGCCGGCGUGGAUAAUUAAUUAGUAAUUUAACGUUGCAACUAGCUCUAGGAGGAGUUGGCGUGAAUUGCGUGGGCUGGAAUAAAUUAGACCCGUUAUCUAGAAGUGGGCUCCAUAUGACGGCCCAGACAGUGUUAAUUGGGCCAGAUUUGGAUGCCCGGCCGGUAUGAACAAAAUCGAUUGGUCGUUGCUCGUUGGUCACUGACGAUUGCUGAUAUUCUUCUGCCAAUCCCCCCGCGAUCGCCGGAGAGUGAAUAAGAAAAGUGGCGACGGAGAUGGCGGAGAAGGAGGAGGCGGCGGCACCGGCACCGGCGCCAGCGUUCUUGAGGAAUAGAUACUGGGUACUGAGGCAUGGGAAAAGCAUUCCAAACGAGAAAGGAAUCAUCGUCUCCUCAAUGGAGAAUGGCAUCCGUCCAGAAUACCAACUCGCCGAGGAAGGCGUUAUUCAGGCACAGUUGGCUGGAGAAUUGUUCCUCGAGGAGUUGAAGGAAAACGGUAUUCCACUUGAUAGUGUGAGAAUCUGCUAUUCUCCAUUUGCUAGAACAAGCCACACUGCUAGAGUUGCUGCAUCAGCUUUAAGUAUCCCAUUUGAAGGCCCUCAAUGUAAGGUGAUUGAAGAUCUCAGGGAACGGUAUUUUGGCCCUUCGUUCGAACUUAAGUCACACGAUAAGUAUGCAGAGAUAUGGGCACUUGAUGAGAAGGACCCAUUCGCGCAACCAGAAGGUGGAGAAAGUGUGAAUGAUGUUGCUACCAGACUUUCUACUGUCAUCUCAAAACUAGAGUUGGAAUUUGAAAGAUGUGCAAUCUUGGUGGUUAGCCAUGGUGAUCCCUUGCAAAUCUUGCAGACGGUACUCCAAGCUGCCAAGCAAGAAGGAUCAACAGGGAGUGAAGACGUUGUGUCCAGACUCCAAGCAGUCAGAAGCCCUUCUGUCUUAUCCCAGCACCGGAAGUUUGCCUUGCUAACUGGAGAACUGCGAGGAGUUGUGUGACCUAGGGCCGAAAAAAUAAGGCUUUCCGAUUCCAAUUCAUGGCUGCAGAUGUAACAAACAAAACCUAAAUGUUGAUUUCAUUAAUAGCAAUUAGCAUCUGCCUAUCGUUGUGCACUUGUGUGCGUGUAAUUUCCCAUCGAGCUUUAACUCUUUCAGCUGCAAUGGUGAUGACUGAUGAAGAUAUGCUUAGCUCAAUUGAAAGAAACGAAGUGGGAGUUCUUCAAACAAGAUUACCAAACUUUCUUAAUACAGUCAGAGUCAUAGCAGCAUCACAAAAAUAGCAAGCUCUCUAUAGAUACUCUAUACAAGUUGCAAUAAUCAUCUGGCCAGUUC